AUGGAUCAUGUGUUGCAGCAACCUAGACUCAGAAACCCCUUUUCAUCAGCUAUCAGUGCGCAGGAGCGUAUCUCAUAUGUUCGUGAUGAUGAAGUCAACACAUUUCCUGUAGAAAAUUAUCUCCAUCAGCAGCAACGGUCGGUAGACAACAUUUGGCAGCAACAGUCUCUACUUAACGGUCAACAGCAGUUGCACCGACAAUCAGCACUUUCCCAUCAACCGAUCCGUCCUCAGCAACUUAAUUUACACGAAGAAGUUGCAGACGUUCUGUCUAAUGACUAUCAACAGCGCAGCCUUUUUAAGAAUGGGAAUGUCGCCUACAUCAAGCCUAUUGCGAGACAAGCCGUCUCACCACUGGAACAACCUGAAAAAUUCCAUCAUGGUCAGGAUGAGUUUAUGACGUACGGAACCUACCGGAGGCUGCGAAGUGAAUUCUACGAUGAGGUGUUGAAUGAGGGAGAAGUCGAAGACGAUUAUUCGCGUCAACUUAAACUGCGAGAAGAAUCAAUGGGUGAAAGAAAGUCACAUCAACGGCAAUAUCUGGAGGAAGACGAAGAAAGGCGGCAAAUUUCACGGAUGGAGGAAUUAGGGGAAAUGACUUACUAUGGUGAAGGUGGGGAUGAAUUUGAUGAGGAGAUUAUUGAAGAAACUAUUACUACGCGACCGAAACAGUUAAUCCAGGCCACCGUCUUACCUCUAACCCAUCACAAUGAUUCUCUAACAAAAGAAACAUGUUCGGUUGGUGUCGGUGACUGCGACGUUAACCAAUACUAUCUUCUUGAUACAGGCUCGCGUUCAGUAAAUCCUGCUGACUUUCCGCCUGCCUAUUGGGAGCGUCUUAGUCGUUACUUCUCCGAAGAAAUUAAACGUAAGCGUCCCACGUGUAGGGAUGUUGCGUCUCAACCCGGACCGCUGAAAAAUCGCACCGUUUCUCAGGCCGCUUAUAUUAAAGAACCUAGUCUUCUGCGCAACUUUGGGGUGUGCGUAAAGCCGAUAACAACCUCAAGAGGGUUUAACACAGACUUCAUUCCGUCUCCAGAUAGGCGAAAUUGUGCCUGCAUGACCGAUGAGUUAGAUGAAUAUUUUGCUCGUCUUCUAAAAACAAUCUGUGAAAAAUACCCGAAUGCUGAUAGAGAAUUUAUAAAUAAUUUAUACCGAUACAGUCGCACAGACAUCUCCAAGUUUGUUCACAGACUGUGUGAACGCCUGGAGGAGCUCAGAGGCAGGGAUUCAGUUGAAGUUACUAGCAAAACACAAAUGUUUUCCACGGGUGUCAACGUCCGACCAGUAAUGCUCAACAAAUGGACGCUUUCCGCACCAUCGCGUCAAAAUCUGGGCACCAACACCGAUUUUAUGGUGCAGCGCACCAUGGGCACCUCAGACGCACAGGAGUUCAAUGAGAAGCCGCACAACGUGUCUGACUUCGGUGUUUCAACUGACUGUUUCAUCAAACAUGUUGAAACUGGAAGUCAAGUUGUGCUGAAUGAAGGGGACACUUCACCUCCGCCAACUCAUCCACCGCCGUCGCCUGUGGCAAGUGGCCACAAAGUGACCACGUACAGGAUUAGACGAAUCUCCAAACGUGUAGAUAGUGAAGGCCAUGUUUCCACGAAAACCUAUGAGACAAGUGGCGAGGGCCUGCCACCUCAAAGCACUCUCAUGGCUUCAAUGGAUGUUCCAGUAAAAAAAGCCUAUGCAACGUCACCUCGUCCCAAGACCUCGACCGAUUCGAACAGCUGUUCGCUCGCAGAAAAUGUUCUCGUGGAGACGUGGGUGGAUAGGAGUGACCCCAAACCCACAGGGGAUCCGAAUUUGCCGGAUUCUUAUCCCCCACCGAAAACCACAGCAGCCACCUCACCCACAGACAGGGAAUCCCCAGCAGUGUUUGCCAGAACCAUCGAGGUGGCCCGCUCACCGCUCUUUGCACUGCACGACGACCAGGACUCGACGUCGAGCCUGCAUCUCCAACAGCCGCGCAAAACGCCCGUUGGAAGAACUUCCACUACCAGCGGUACUUCGAUCGCCUUCUGCUUACCUAAUUCUCCGAAUAUCCCUCUGCGAAACUAUACGUACAAGAUUAAGAAAGAGUUUAGGAAGGCAGUGGAGGUGCUCAGUAGCUUUUAUUUGACUUCACCUGGCGGUGCUCUAACUGAUGAACUGCGUGAACACCUUGAAACGGUCCGCACAGAGUGGUUCGAGAUAGUGAGCCAAACGGAAAUCGAUCUCGAACAGAUCGAGGAUUUGUUCGCGUAUCUCUACAACAGCGCCCCCGAACUUCUCUACACCUUCGUCCGAAUGCCAACUUCUCGAGUAAGUGUCCUUUACACGGGUCAUCCCAAUACAAGCCGACUUAUUGGCUCCACCUGCCUGCAUUACGCUGUGGGCCACGGUGCUUGGCGAGUCGUCUCCCUCAUCCUCAACACCGGCUAUGCGGAUCCAAACAAGAAAAAUGCCUUCGGAUUCUCCCCCAUAAUGAUCGCUGCCAUCAGUGAUUCCAUAACCCCGGAAGUGAUUCCCAUUGUGGAGAGACUGUUUGCAGCGGGCGACGUGAACCUGCGCUCCGAUUCGCCGCCUGGUCAGACGCCACUGAUGCUGGCCGCGCGGAAGGCCAACUCCACCGUCGUCGAACUGCUUCUGCGCCGCGGUGCCGACGUCAACGCCCAAGACUCCAUCGGCAACACGGCACUGAUGUGCGCCAUCGACUGUGGCAACCUUGAGAUGGUGAAGAUGCUUGUCGCGCGCCCCGAGCUAGAUAUUCGUCUGCAAGAUCGGGUAAGAGGGCUGGUUUUUGCCUCGAUGCUGCACAGUCCACAUGUGGCCAACUAG